CUCCCCCCCCCCCUUCUGUCCUUGGAAAAUGGUGUCCAAGCUCACGUCGCUCCAGCAAGAACUCCUGAGCGCCCUGCUAAGCUCCGGGGUCACCAAGGAGGUGUUGGUCCAGGCCUUGGAAGAGUUGCUGCCGUCCCCGAACUUUGGGGUGAAACUAGAGACGCUGCCCCUCUCCCCCGGCAGCGGGGCCGAUCCCGACACCAAGCCGGUCUUCCACACUCUCACCAACGGCCACGCCAAAGGCCGCUUGUCCGGGGACGAGGGCUCGGAGGACGGCGACGACUAUGACACCCCACCCAUCCUCAAGGAACUGCAGGCGCUCAACACCGAGGAGGCGGCCGAGCAGCGGGCCGAGGUGGACCGGAUGCUCAGUGAGGACCCUUGGAGGGCUGCCAAAAUGAUCAAAGGCUACAUGCAGCAACACAACAUUCCCCAGAGGGAGGUGGUAGAUGUCACCGGCCUGAAUCAGUCACAUCUCUCCCAACAUCUCAACAAGGGCACCCCCAUGAAAACCCAGAAGAGAGCUGCCCUGUACACCUGGUACGUCAGAAAGCAACGGGAGAUCCUUCGACAGUUCAACCAGACAGUCCAGAGCUCUGGAAAUAUGACAGACAAAAGCAGUCAGGAUCAGCUGCUGUUUCUCUUUCCAGAAUUCAGUCAACAGAGCCAAGGGCCUGGGCAGUCCGAUGACUCCUGCUCUGAGCCCACCAACAAGAAGAUGCGCCGUAACCGGUUCAAAUGGGGGCCCGCGUCCCAGCAAAUCUUGUACCAGGCCUACGACCGACAAAAGAACCCCAGCAAGGAAGAAAGGGAAGCCUUAGUGGAGGAGUGCAACAGGGCAGAAUGUUUGCAACGAGGUGUCUCUCCCUCCAAAGCCCACGGCCUGGGCUCCAACUUAGUCACUGAAGUCCGUGUCUACAACUGGUUUGCCAACCGCAGAAAGGAAGAGGCAUUCCGGCAAAAGCUAGCCAUGGAUGCCUACAGCUCCAACCAGACGCAUAACCUGAACCCCCUGCUCAGCCAUGGCUCCCCCCACCACCAGCCCAGCACCUCUCCUCCAAACAAGCUAUCAGGAGUUCGCUACAGCCAGCAGGGAAACAAUGAAGUCACUUCCUCUUCAACAAUCAGUCACCACGGUAACAGCGCCAUGGUGACCAGCCAGUCAGUUUUGCAGCAAGUCUCCCCAGCCAGCCUGGACCCCAGCCACAAUCUCCUCUCACCUGAUGGUAAAAUGCAGAUAUCGGUCUCAGGAGGAGGAUUGCCGCCAGUCAGCACAUUGACGAAUAUCCACAGCCUCUCCCACCACAAUCCCCAACAGUCCCAGAACCUCAUCAUGACCCCCCUAUCUGGAGUCAUGGCCAUUGCACAAAGCCUCAACACCUCCCAAGCACAGAGUGUCCCCGUCAUCAACAGUGUGGCUGGCAGUCUAGCAGCCCUACAGCCUGUCCAGUUCUCACAGCAGCUGCACAGCCCCCACCAGCAGCCCCUCAUGCAGCAGAGCCCGGGCAGUCACAUGGCCCAGCAGCCCUUCAUGGCUGCAGUGACUCAGCUACAGAACUCUCACAUGUACGCACACAAACAAGAACCUCCCCAGUAUUCCCACACCUCCCGGUUUCCAUCUGCCAUGGUGGUCACAGAUACCAGCAGCAUCAGUACACUCACCAACAUGUCUUCCAGUAAACAGUGUCCACUCCAAGCCUGGUGAUGUCUGCAUAUCACUUAUUUUGUGCACAGCAACAAGGACCCUAUUUUCUGCACCAUCACCCUCUGGACAGCUGUCAUGGAAAAGUCCAUUGAGCUGACAAGCACCUUUGAGAGGUCCCUGCUUGCCUGACACCUGGCUGGUACCUUGGAUAAUCCGCUCUUAGGAGGUGUGGCCCUAAACCCAGCUCUCUUGUUCUGCAGUAUUGUCAUGGUGCCUCUCCUAAGAUGUCAAGUGCUCCAUUCUGUCCAAACCAUGGGCGACCUGAAACCAUGUAAGAGGAAGUGAGAAGGUGGUGGAGUCUCUACUAUGAUCCUUCGUCAGACAAACUGAUGUCAAAACUUGAAUCUGUUACUGAAACCAGGAGAGGAGGACCGCGUGCUAUUGAACUGAGCCAAACACAUUGUAAAUACCAACGAACUCCCUCUCCUGCCCCCAUUCUAAGUGAUCUGGAGAUUUCUUUUAAAGAAGUAAAUUUGUCCAAUGGGUGUAAACUGUAAAAAAAAAAUACUGUAAUUAAGUGCAAUUUCCCCCUUUGACAUCAUCUCCCCCCACCCUGUAUAUACUAGUAAAGUGUCUACUAGUUUUCUUUGGAAAAGU